AAUGAUUAUCCUUCUCCUUCUGUCAAAAUUGUCUGCCGCUUGCCACAUGUCAGAUAAUAGUUAUUGUGAUUUUACUAAAAUUUUAAUAUAAAACAAUAAAAAAAUGAAACCUCUUAUGCUCCAAGGGCACGAGCGUGCCAUCACACAGAUCAAGUAUAAUCGUGAAGGUGACUUGCUGUUCUCCGCCGCUAAAGAUUCGAAGCCGAACGUGUGGUGGUCUCUGAACGGUGAACGUCUUGGUACAUUCAAUGGACACGGAGGUGUCGUCUGGUGUCUGGAUGUGGACUGGCAGACCAUACACCUCAUUACCGGAGGUGGUGACAGUUCUUGCAGAUUGUGGGAUUUAGAGACCGGCAGGAAUAUAGCAACAAUCAAAACUAACUCAUCCGUGAGAACAUGUAACUUCAGUUACAGCGCCACUCAGGCCGCCUACACCACUGACAAAGCCAUGGGUCACCCUUGUGAGGUAUUUGUUAUUGACACAAGGACUAUUGAUGACUCCGUCUCAAGCCAGACCCCAACCCUGAAGUGGGAGAUCACAGAUACAAAGGUCACAUCAAUGGUGUGGGGCCUUCUUGAUGAGACCCUCAUCACUGGUCACGAGGCUGGAGACAUUAUUCAGUGGGAUCUGAGGACUGGAAAGAAAAUCCACUCAGUAAAGGAACACACGCACCAGGUCCACGACAUGCAGCUGUCGCGUGACGGAACCAUGUUCAUCACCGCCUCAAAGGAUCAAACCGCCAAAUUAUUCGACACCGCCUCGCUCGAGCUCCUCAAGGAGUACAAGACUGAGCGUCCAGUGAACUCCGCUGCCCUCAGUCCCAUCCUAGACCACGUAGUACUUGGAGGAGGUCAGGACGCUAUGGAAGUAACAACUACCUCCACCAGACAGGGCAAGUUCGACGCACGAUUCUUCCACUUGGUAUUUGAAGAGGAAUUCGGUCGUAUUAAGGGACAUUUCGGUCCCAUCAACAGUUUGGCCUUCCACCCCGAUGGCAAGAGCUACGCUUCUGGCGGUGAGGACGGUUACGUACGUGUGCAGAGCUUCGAUCAAUCCUACUUCGAUUAUACCUUUGACUACAACAGAGAGUAAAUAUAAGAAAGGUAUUAGUAAUCUUAAAACAAUAUUAUAAAUGUCAAUAAAACUGUUUUGUACGAAAUGGUC